AUGGCAGGAAGGAGUUGCUAGCUAGCCGAAACUCUUCAAACGACAUGUUAUUAAAAUAGUCAGCACAAAGUUAAGGACCGUGUUUUGAGUUUUAGUUUCUGAACCCCUCACUGUCAAAAGAUGUUUUCAUCGGUCUGGAAUUUUAUUAAACGCCACAAAAGGAAAUUUAUUUUCACCGGAGCUGUAGUUGGAGGGGUGUACUUCCUGGGUAAAUAUGCCCAGAAGAAGAUCAGGGAGAUCCAGGAGAAGGAGGCGACAGAGUACAUCGCUCAGGCCAGACGACAGUUCCACUUUGAAGUCAACCAGAGGACCUGCAACAUGACUGUGCUGUCCAUGCUCCCUCCACUGAAAGAAGCCAUUAUCAAUCAACUGAAUUCAGAAAGCCUAACUACACUACUCAAGACCAAACCGGCCAAUAAGCUGGAAAUCUGGGAAGAUUUAAAGAUCAUCAGUUUCACUCGCACCAUCGUGGGCGUGUACAGCACCUGCAUGCUGGUGGUUCUACUGAGAGUCCAGUUGAACAUCAUCGGAGGAUACCUGUACCUGGACAACUCUGCAGGCAAGAACACAAAGACUCCUCUGGCUCCUCCAGACGUCCAGCAGCAGUACCUGUCCAGUAUCCAGUAUCUACUGGGAGAUGGUUUGACAGAGUUGAUGACAGUAGUUAAGAAAGCAGUGCAGAGUUCACUGGGAGGCAUGUCUCUGAAGCAGAGCCUGUCCCUGCUGGAGCUGGAGCAGCAGUUGAGCUGGAUCAGAGCGGAGGUGGAGGCCGGCUCGGAGCGGCCGCUGUCCCGGUACAUGCUGGCCGACGACGAGAACGCGCUCGCCGACCAGGCAUGUGGGCUGACGGAAAGCGAUGCCGUGACCAUCAAACUGCUAAACGAGACCAGAGACAUGUUGGACAGUCCAGACUUCAGCACUGUCCUGAACGCCUGUUUGAACCGAGGCUUCUCUCGGCUUCUCGACAACCUGGCCGAGUUCUUCCGCCCACCUCCGGGUGACUCCGCCCCCAGCUCUGCACCUGAUAGUCUGUCUGCAGUCAGUCUGCCGCUGGCGAAGAUCAUCCCCAUCGUCAACGGUCAGAUCAACACCAUCUGCAGUGAGACUCCCAGCCACUUCGUUCAGGACUUGCUGAUGAACGACCAGGUCAAGGAGUUCUCGGCCAACGUCUACGAGACCUUCAGCAUGCCCCUGGAGCUGCAGAAGUAACCAACCAGGAGCGAGGAGGAGGAGGAGACUUCCAGAGGAAGACAAGAGGGAUGAAAACUGAUGAUACAAGCUGUGGACUGUUAAUCCCUCCUUCCUUUUUCUACUUCUAUCCUCCAAAUCCUGCAGACUUUUCACUCUGUGACGGUGGACGGUAAAAAUGUCCGCGAUGAAGCGGCAGUGGGGGCGUCGGUGUCACCUCAGUGAACAGCCGUUAUGGAUUAUUGAACUGGUGGAGGACGAAGAGACUUGCACUGGGUUUUUGGUCACAGCGGAGUCUGUGAUUAACCCUGGGACCACUGCAUCUUGGGAAAUGGAGUCUUAUUUAACCCAGUAAUGUGGUCUUAAUUAUACCGAGAGGUGGAAGACACACGCUGAGGAGAAAAGCGCGGUGAAGGAUCGGUCACGACCGAGCUGACGAUCCUGAAACAUCAGUUCGUGAUGUUGAUAUUGCCGAUUUCCUCCUCUUCCAUCAGCAGCGGUGAGUGUUUCAUGUCGAGCAGGGUUUACAAUGUGUACGGUUUUCUUUUUCCCUCCUCUUCAUCACAGCGUAAUCCAUAUAGUAAAGGGAUGUGUGUCGUUGCACCGAUGAGGGCUGAUGUGUUUAUGGAGGUGAUUUUUUUUUGUGCUAAUAUUCAGUAUUUUUAAAUUAGAUCAUUUUGCAUUUUCUAGUCAAAUCUGCAGCAGCUUUGUGGGUAAUUUGGGGAUAUUACAACUUCUAAAAUCCUGAUUAUGAGAGAGUGAGAAGAUAAAGAAGAUGAUCAAAGUGUUACAAUAGCACAGCCAGUGUCACUGAUUCAUUCCAAGUUAAACAUGUAGUCAAACAUGGAUCAGAGAUAGACGACUUUCAGUGGUCUCACUUUAAUAAAACACCAUUAUUAACAAACUCACACCAGUCCAGCUGCAGUUAUAUGUAGUAUUUGUACCAGUAAAUAAAACUGUGGUUUCUUUUUCCAUCUGAAAGACAGCAGUUCACUUCAGUCAUAAAAUAAAAUCAUCCGUAAGUCUGAAAACAGGACAGACAGACAUGAAUAUGUUCUGAGUUUUGCUGUCUGCAGUAUAAAUCUGUGUUUUUUGGCGUUUAAACGUGUCCAAGAACCUGCUUUUUCCCCCCAGUGUAGUUCCUUUUCUGUCCAGAAGGCGUCACUCUUCUUCAGCUGGUGUGAGAAUCCCUUUGCUCUGACAUCCUUUGGCUGAUUACAUUAAACACAGUCUUCUAUUUGUGAUUUGGUCCUGGUUGGUACUGUUAUUACACAACUAAAAUGAAUAAUAACAUCCCAAGUUUUAUUUUAAUGGCUACGAUCACCUUGAAAGAACAAGCGCUGUUACUUUUCUCACACCUGGCAGGUCAUAUUGUUUUGGAAGGAAAUCACUCUGUACAACAGUGUUUUCUCCCCAUUUCUUUCUGUUGUAGCUUGUUUUUUCUCUAAGUUUGUAUGUAUGUGACUUAUUGAAAAGUUUACCAUCUUCUGUGUGGAAAUAAGAUUUUUAUCCAAGAAGCCGAGAAAUCCGGGACAGCUCCAUCCCACUCUGACCAGGUCUGAUUAGCUAUGUAAGCCAGGUGUGUUAAGCCAAUUGAGAGCUGGCAACAAACCUGAUCCAACUAAUCGUGCAGUGGCAGAGCAGGGAGCUAGAGAACAUGCAGCACUUGGGGUCCUCAGGUGCAGCACUGGUUUCAGUGACAGGUCUAAGUGAGUGAGAUGAGGUGAAGGUGGUUUUUACUGUAUCACAGCUCCCAGCAGACUGAUUUGUCAGUGAUGGGUUUCACUUAGGAAAUCUGUACCUUCAUUUACUCCAAAUCAUGUCAAUCAUUUACUGGAUUACAGGUACUUGAUAUCAUCCAGGUAACUGUAACCACAGUAAGAAUACUGCUCACAGCAUUACUUUAUUACUCUCACAGAUCAAACACUGCAUGAACUUUGAUUUAUUCCAACCUCAGGGCCACACAGUUUUCGCUUGAAAGGAAAAAACUCCCAGCUCCUGAAAUCCUCUGAUUGGUCAUGAAAGUCCAACGAUAAAUGAAUGAAAGAAGCAAAGGUGAAAAAAUGCUUCGGUGGAUGUUGGGAUUUCCAGAAACUGACUUGUGGGGAGAGAAAGUGAGUCUGUCUGUCUUUGUCUGUGGGGGAUGCACCUUAGCCCGUCUCAGGAGAGGAGAAAACAUCAGGUGACAGUUCACUUCCUGAUCCCUGGAUUACAUAAUAGAGUCAGUCAGGUGGGAAUGUAAAUCUCUAUGUAAUCAACCAUGUUAUGCCCUUUGAAGCAUAAUAUCUGAACGACAGCUGAAAUGUAUGUUUGUAGUAAUUUACCGAAAGAUAAUAAACAUAAAAUGUG